CAACCGGUGAGGGAAUCGGAUGAUCAACGGCCACUGCGAUUUCAUCGUUCUGUGCGGGGCCUUCUUCGGUGGCUCUGGCAGUGUUUGAUUCUCUUGGACCUUCUCCGGUCGCUGCCCCACGGUGUCUCUAGAUACCUCAUAGUCCGUAGUUCUCGUUAUCAAUAUCCUUCCCCCUCCCUCCCAACUCAAUUCUUUGUCUUUCUCUCUCUCUCUUCUCCUACUUAUUUCUUUUCAUAUAUCUCCUUCAUUGUUCAUAUCUAUCGUUCCUUUCUAAUACCCACUCUAAUUACACAAUGGUCGGAAUUGGUCCCAAGCGUCCCCCAUCCCGCAAGGGAUCGAUGGCCGAUGUGCCUCAGAAUCUCAUACAGCAGAUUAAGGAUUUCGAGGAGAUGUUCACUGUGGACAGGGCCAAGCUCAAGCAGGUGGUUGACCACUUCGUCAAGGAGCUCGAGAAGGGUCUCAGCGUGGAGGGCGGUAACAUCCCGAUGAACGUUACCUGGGUUAUGGACUUCCCCGAUGGAGACGAGCAGGGAACCUUCCUUGCCUUGGAUAUGGGUGGCACCAACCUCCGCGUCUGUGAGAUUACCUUGACGGAAGAGAAGGGAGGCUUCGAUAUCUGCCAGUCCAAGUACCGCAUGCCGGAAGAACUGAAGACCGGAACCGCUGAGGAGCUGUGGGAAUACAUCGCCGACUGCAUACAGCAAUUCAUUGAGUUCCACCACGGAGAGGAAGGAUUGACAUCAUUGCCCCUCGGUUUCACCUUCUCCUACCCGGCUACACAAGAGUACAUUGAUCAUGGUGUUCUUCAGCGCUGGACUAAGGGCUUCGACAUUGAUGGUGUCGAGGGACAAGAUGUCGUCCCUCCCCUGGAGGAAACGCUGAAGAGAAAGGGACUUCCUAUCAAGGUCGCUGCUUUGAUCAACGAUACCACUGGAACGCUCAUCGCCUCGGCCUACACCGAUCCCCAGAUGAAGAUUGGAUGUAUUUUUGGUACAGGUGUCAAUGCGGCCUACAUGGAGGAUGUUGGCUCCGUCCCUAAGCUGGCCCACAUGAACCUGCCCCCAGACAUGCCAGUGGCUAUCAAUUGCGAGUACGGUGCUUUCGACAACGAGCACGUUGUUCUUCCCCUCACAAAGUACGAUCACAUCAUUGACCGCGACUCUCCCCGCCCCGGUCAGCAGGCCUUCGAGAAGAUGACGGCCGGUCUCUACCUGGGAGAGAUCUUCCGUCUGGCCCUGAUUGAUCUCCUGGACAGCAGACCAGGACUGAUUUUCCAGAAUCAGGACACCAGCAAGCUGCGGAAGCCGUACUUGCUGGACGCUUCCUUCCUGGCUGCCAUCGAGGAGGAUCCCUACGAGAACUUGCAGGAAACACAGGAGCUGUUCGAGCGCGAAUUGAACAUCAAGCCCACUUUGGCCGAGCUCGAGAUGAUUCGUCGUCUGGCCGAGCUGAUCGGUACGCGUGCAGCUCGUCUGUCAGCUUGCGGUGUGGCCGCUAUCUGCAAAAAGAAGAAGAUCGAGAGCUGCCACGUUGGUGCGGACGGCUCCGUCUUCACCAAGUACCCUCACUUCAAGGCUCGUGGUGCCCAGGCUCUGCGCGAGAUCCUGGACUGGGCUCCGAACGAGAAGGACAAGGUCACCAUUAUGGCGGCCGAGGAUGGUUCCGGUGUCGGUGCCGCGCUGAUCGCCGCCUUGACCCUCAAACGUGUCAGGGCCGGCAACCUGGCUGGUAUCCGGAACAAGGACGAAAUGCAGAAACUGCUUUAAAUGUCAAUAUCUGAUAUUUGGAAGGACUUUUUUUUUUUGGCUGAUGACGAGUUUUCUUUGGAUACGGUGUUUUGGUAUGGCAAGUGGAAGCGGCCCUGGGUUUGACGAAAAUAUCCAUGAAAGUCAUACAAGAGCACGAAUCUGUCGGUGUUAUGGAGGAUGCACAUGGUCUUUCUUGGCUACAGACCCCAUAGAACGACCCGACUGGAAUGCGAGUGUCUGUACAUACAAACAACAUACAGGC